UGGAGGAUCAGUUAGAGAACGGCAGCCAUUGAAGAAAGCUGAGCUGUUGGUCUGUGCUCUGGAGUUUCUGGAUUUUUUUUUCUUCAAACUGCUAAAACAGUGCAGCAAUCACCAACAAAAUGGAGAUGAAGAAGAGGAUCAGUUUAGAGCUGAGGAACAGAACUCCAGCGGAGGUAGCAGAGCUGGUGGUAGAUAAUUGCCGCUCAAGUGACGGUGAGAUUGAAGGCCUGACAGAUGAGUUUAAGGAGCUGGAGUUCCUCAGCAUGGUCAACGUGGGUCUCACCUCCCUGGCCAAACUACCCACACUGCCAAAAUUGAGGAAGUUGGAGCUGAGCGAUAAUAACAUCUUAGGGUCACUAGAGACACUUGCAGAGAAAUGCGCCAACCUGACUUACCUUAAUUUGAGUGGCAACAAGAUCAAAGAACUCAGCACAUUGGAGGCCCUGCAAAACUUAAAGAACCUGAAGAGUUUGGACCUGUUCAAUUGUGAGAUCACCACGUUGGAGGACUACAGGGAAAGCAUCUUUGAGCUGCUGCCUCAGGUCACAUACCUGGACGGCUUUGAUGCAGAAGACAAUGAAGCUCCAGACUCUGAGGCUGAUGAUGAUGAUGAUGAUGAGGAUGGCGAGGAAGGAGCAGGGCAGCUGGGAGAUUAUGAGGAAGAGGAGGAGGAUGAGGAAGGCUCAGAGGGUGGAGAAGUUGGGCUGUCCUAUCUAAUGAAAGAGGACAUCCAGGAUGAAGAAGAUGAUGGCGAUUAUGUAGAAGAGGAAGAGGAAGAAGGAGAGGAAGAGGAGGCCGACGUUCGAGGAGAGAAGCGAAAGAGGGACGCAGAAGAUGAGGGUGAAGAUGACGAUGAGGACGACGACUAACCCUUUGUUCGACUUCUUGGAAACAAUAUCCAAGGUGUAGAUCAACCCUGAAAAAGACCGUGAUCUUGCAGAUUGUUUUUCUCUUUGUAAAACCAUAGAUAAAUCACUGUAGAGGCUAAGUGUUUUCUUUUAUAAAUACAUUAUAUAUUACACUAUAUAAAAGGGGGUUAUUGAUAAUUCAUUUAUAGCCAUUCCAAGUUUAUUCCCAAUGCAUAAAUUGGUGUCAUCAGGGGGUGGGCGUGGGGAGGUUGGCAAGGCCGUGAGAUUUGAGAUUUCUUGAUUGUAAAUAAGCUUUUGGGCAGCCCAUUCAAGACAGCGCUAGGAUUUCACCGCUGAGAGGAGACAGCAGCGUACAUUUGUCCAAACUGCAGCUCCCCAAGACCUCUGUGAGGAGGCAGAGCGUUUUCUGCUCCUCAUCUACCUCUCCAGGUCUCAUUCUCAGCCCAACACGGAGCAGCAAGCCAAUCGUCUCCAACCGUCAACCCCUUUGUUCCUGGAUCAACCAAUCGCUGCCAAGGAUCUUGUGUCACACUCUUUAUAUGGGAUGGUCUCCACUCGAUUCAGCUUUUCUAGUAGAUCAGGCUCAUGUUGGCAGACCAGAUGGUAUGUGAUCUUGUGAAUUUUAAAGUGUGAUGUAUGUAAAUGUGAUGUAAAUUGAGCAAAGAUGGGGAGUCAAGCUGUAGGUUGGCAAAAUCGAAUUUCAAUUUUAAUCUCAAAGUAGUUUUUUAAUAAAGAGAUCAAUCAUGUGUAACAUGAGCAGUUCGCCCUUUCUCCCAUUUUAUGCAGAAGUAACUUAUUUUUGACAAGAUGUCAUCUUAGACGUUAAAAUUGAGAUUUGCCAUUGCUGGAAAUUUCUCAUGAUGUUCAGGUUUAACAGCUUUGUUGGAUUAAACCGUACCCUUGAGUACCUUUCUACCUUUGUCUUGCUGUGGAAACCGGUUAGUUUCUACCUUUUGUUGAGGUAUUUUACGGAGUAAUACAUUUAAUUUAAUGUUCGUAUGGCAAUAUGUGUAUAUAGUAUCUAUUUCAACAGGUUGUGUUUUAUUCUCCUUUUCUUUUUUUUUUUUUACUAAUCUGUUUGGUCAGUUGUUUUAAUACAAAGUACAUGUCAAAGGACUUACAUACACAGGUCACCUGUUAAAAUUUCAAGUUGGUUGUUGUGCGAGUGUUGUAUUGGGUUUUAUGUGCUGUAACCCACUCUAAAAGGAUUUUAGUUUUGUUGUUGGAUUUUGGUGUUUUGUUUUAAUGGGUUGAUUAGGUUUUUUUGGUAGGUUUUUUUUUUUUUUUGUUUUUUUUUUUAAUUUGCAAGCUCCUUUAUCUGAUUAUGAGCUCCAUUUGAGUUAGUUGUAAUGAAUGAGUGAAUUGUCCUUUUGAUUAUAAAAAUGACAUGGGAUGUUGCUCAAAAGAUGGAGCAUUGUCUGCUAAAGAUUUCUGUAAUUUGAUUACACAAUUUGGGAUUUUCUCAAGCUGAGACCCAUGAAUUGUCUGGAAGCCUCAAAUAUAGGUGAAGAAGCACUGUUUUUAAUGUCUCCGGAGUUGAUAGAAAAAUGUGUUCUGAUAAAAACUGCAGUGAUAUUUCAAUCAUUUUUAGAUAAAUUUGAAAGAUUUAUAAAACCCUUACAAUGAAUGCAACCUGGUGUAAGUUUGAUGUGGAAAAUAAAGGAGAAACCUUU